AACCCGAAUGGGAAUCUAGAGAGAGAAAGAGAGGAGAGAGAAAGAGAGGAGAGAGAAACUCACCACACAAAGGCACAGACGGAUUCGUGAAUCAAAGCGUUCGAUUUCAAAGCAUCUGACAAUACUAACCCUUGAAAAUUCUAGUUUAUUGUGCGAUAUAGAUAUAUAUAUAUAUAAACAUACAUAUUCAUAUUUUCACACACCAAACACAUAAAUUUUCACACACCAAAGCAUUACUCUACACCUACGCGUUACGUUUUCGAUAAAAGAAAAGAAAAGAAAAGAAAAAACAAGAGAGAGGGAUAGAGAGAGAGAAUGGGAGAGAUUAGAGAGAGAAAGACUGUUCGUUCGUUUGUUCGUUGUUUCUCUUUAAAUCAAAAAUUCCAAUCUCUUCUAAUUUUAUUUUCUUCUUUUUUCAUACAACAAAACAAUCUCUUAAUACAUUUAUUUAUUAUCGUUAUUCUCCAAAUCUCACCGCACAUCUCCAUCACAGUCGAUAGAGAUUAUAUAGAGAGAGAAAGUGCAAGACUUUUAGAGAGAGAGAGAGUGAAAUUUGUAUUCCCUUUUCGUCAAUACCAAAAACCAAAAUAAUAAUUAUAAGAAAGAUCAAACCAUCGAUUCCCAAAUCUCUCUCUCUUCAAUUACGAAACCCUAGUUAGAUAGAGAGAGUCAUAGAGGCAGUUUUAGUGAGAGAAGCGGUAGAAGUUUUUGAUCUUCUGCAAUGGAGGAUUUGAUCUUCUCCAUGUCUUCGAAGCUAUAAUUUCAGAGAAGUAGAGGUUUUUAGAGAGAGAAAGAGAGGUCUGAUCUGCUGAAAUGGAGGGUGGUGGUGGUUCAGAAGGAGAGAAGAAGAAGCCGCCGGAGGGAGAGAGCAAGGUGAAGCGGAAAAUGAAGACUGCUUCGCAGUUGGAGCUUCUCGAGAAAACCUAUGCUGUGGAGACUUAUCCAUCGGAGUCGUUGAGAGCCGAACUGUCGGUGAAAUUAGGUCUUUCAGAUCGGCAGCUGCAGAUGUGGUUCUGCCAUAGAAGGCUGAAGGAUAGGAAGUCACUGCCUGUGAAGCGGCCGCGGAAGGACUCUUCGCCGGCAGCAGCAGUGGCGUCGUCCAGUGUAGUUGGGGAUGAAUUAGUACCUGGUGAGGUAGGGAAUGAACACGGUUCGGGUUCGGGUUCAGGGUCAAGCCCGUUUGGUCAUAUGGACUCACAACAGCGAGUUGCUCCCCGAGCUGGGGCUGCAGUUGCUCGGAUUGGAGCUGAAAUGCCGGCAAUAAAGAGGUACUAUGAGCCGCCCCAGGCGAUAUCAGAGCUUCGAGCAAUUGCUUUUGUGGAGGCACAACUAGGGGAGCCAUUGAGGGAAGACGGUCCUAUUCUGGGAAUGGAGUUUGAUCCCUUGCCGCCUGGUGCUUUUGGGGCGCCCAUUGUGACAGUAGGGCAGCAGAAGCCAGCAGGACGAGCCUACGAGCCCAAACUCUAUGAGCGUCCUGAUGCUAAAUCAAUCAAGGGUGCUGCAAGGGCUCUCCAUGAGUACCAGUUUCUUCCAGAGCAGCCAUCUGCUAGAAAUGAUACAUAUGAUAGAGCUACUCCAUCUCACUAUUUUGGUUCACCAACUGAUGUUCCAAGUGCCAGGACUCCAUUAUCUUCUGGGCGUUCUUUUAUGCAUGGUAAUGAGCAAGGUAGCUCAGGAUAUGGUUUUCAAGGUCAGAUGCCAAGUUUAAGUCUUUUGCCUCAGCAAGGCAGGCAGGGCCAUCUCUUGCCAUCAGUUUCAGGAGAGCAUGACAUUGUUUCACGAAAUAUUGGUGUGGAUUCUCAUUUUGGCGCUCACGCAAUCACUGGACUAGACAAUCCAUUUAUACCGUCUGAUAGGCGGGUUGCCCAUGAUGACGACCCUUCACGGAUGGAGAGAAAACGCAAGAACGAAGAGGCAAGAAUUGCGAGGGAAGUUGAAGCCCAUGAGAAAAGGAUUCGAAAAGAGCUUGAGAAACAAGAUAUUUUGAGGCGAAAGAGAGAGGAACAAAUAAGGAAGGAAAUGGAGAGGCAGGACCGUGAAAGGCGGAAGGAAGAAGAAAGGCUGUUGCGUGAAAAGCAGCGGGAGGAGGAGAGAUAUCAAAGGGAGCAAAGGCGUGAAAUGGAACGAAGGGAGAAGUUUUUGCAAAAAGAAUCCAUCAGAGCUGAGAAAAUGAGACUAAAAGAAGAGUUGCGCAGAGAGAAAGAGGCAGCAAGGCUUAAAGCUGCUAAUGAUAGGGCUACUGCUCGCAGAAUUGCCAAAGAAUCAAUGGAACUUAUUGAUGAUGAACGGUUAGAACUCAUGGAGUUAGCGGCUUCAAGCAGGGGGUUGACCUCAAUAUUGGCCCUUGACAGUGAAACAUUGCAAAAUCUUGAGAAUUUAAGAGAUAUGCUCACUGAAUUUCCACCCAAGUCUGUGACCUUGAAAAGGCCUUUUGCAAUUGAGCCCUGGACUGAUUCCGAGGAGAACAUAGGGAAUCUUCUUAUGGUUUGGAGAUUCUUAAUUACUUUUGCUGAUGCUCUUGGGCUUUGGCCGUUUACUCUUGAUGAGUUUGUCCAAUCUUUUCAUGAUUAUGAUCCAAGGUUGUUGAGUGAGAUACAUGUAGCUCUUCUUAGAUCCAUCAUUAAAGAUAUUGAAGAUGUAGCAAGGACGCCUUCCACCGGGCUGGGAGCAAAUCAAAAUAGUGCAGCUAAUCCUGGAGGUGGGCAUCCACAGAUUGUUGAAGGGGCAUAUGCUUGGGGUUUUGAUAUACGCAGUUGGCAACACCACUUGAAUCCGUUGACAUGGCCUGAAAUUUUGCGGCAAUUUGCUCUUUCUGCCGGAUUUGGACCAAAACUGAAGAAAAGAAGUGUUGACCAAACAUAUCCUCGUGAUGAAAAUGAGGGUAAUGACGGUGAAGAUAUAAUUUCUAAUUUACGUAAUGGAGCUGCUGCUGAGAAUGCUGUUGCCAUUAUGCAAGAAAGGGGUUUCUCCAAUCCACGGAGAUCUAGGCAUCGUUUGACUCCUGGAACAGUCAAAUUUGCAGCAUUUCAUGUUCUUUCCCUUGAGGGAAGCAAGGGUCUAACGAUAUUAGAAGUUGCAGAUAGGAUUCAGAAAUCUGGUCUUCGGGACCUCACAACAAGCAAGACACCAGAAGCAUCUAUUGCUGCUGCUUUGUCAAGGGAUUCAAAGCUUUUUGAAAGAACAGCUCCUUCAACAUAUUGCGUACGUGCUCCUUAUAGGAAAGACCCUGCUGAUGCUGAGGCAAUACUUUCCGCAGCCAGGGAAAAAAUUCAGAUAUUUAAAAAUGGAUAUUUCGAUGGAGAAGAUGCAGAUGAUGUUGAAAGAGAUGAUGCUGAAAGAGAUGAAGAUUCUGAGAGCGAUGUAGCUGAGGAUCCCGAGGUUGAUGAUUUAGCUUCUGAAAUGAAGCCAAAUGAAGAAGUUCUUUCCUGUGAAGCAAAAAUAUUUCAGGCAAGUUCUUUCCCUGGAAAUGGGAAGGAGGCUUCCCAAGAUGAGGUUAUGGAAGCUCCACAAGGCGGCUUUGGGACCUCAGAUAAUGGUUUGCAGUUGAUGCAAUCUGAAGGAUUCAGUGAGGUUAAAACUUCUCGCACUUCUGUUGAUCAAUCUGUUGAAGUUACUGGAAUAUGUAAUGAGGCAGUUAAUCCUGAUCUAGAAGACACUGUUAUUGAUGAAAGUAAUUCUGGUGAACCAUGGGUUCAAGGACUUAUGGAAGGUGAGUACUCCGACCUCAGUGUGGAGGAGCGCCUUAAUGCCCUUGUUGCCUUAAUUGGUGUAGCGAAUGAAGGGAACUCGAUUCGUAUCAUUCUUGAGGAGCGCUUGGAAGCAGCAAAUGCUCUCAAGAAGCAAAUUUGGGCAGAGGCGCAACUUGAUAAACGUCGAUUGAAGGAGGAGUGUGUGAUGAAGAUGCAAUAUUCAUCUUUUAUUGGUAACAGGGCUGAACUAAAUAUUUCAACUCCUGCCGCAGAGGGCAGGCAAAGCCCAUUGGUCACUGUUGAUGACAAAAAUGAUGUGGCCUCAGUGAACCCUUUUGUGCAGCAAGAACAUUUCUCUGAUCUUCGGAGUGAUAAUAAUUGCGCUAAUAAUUUGCCCUCUGAAAGGACUCUGCCAAUGCAAGAGUUCUCUACUGGUGUAGAAAAUCUUCCACUCCAGCAAGCUGUAUAUGUUGCUGAGAAGUCACGAUCUCAGUUAAAAGCUUUUAUUGGUCACAAGGCUGAGGAGAUGUAUGUUUACAGGUCAUUGCCUCUUGGGCAAGAUCGUAGACGUAACAGAUACUGGCAAUUUAUAACAUCUGCAUCUCGAAAUGAUCCUGGCUGUGGGAGGAUCUUUGUUGAGCUACGUGAUGGUUGUUGGAGGCUUAUUGAUUCCGAACAGGGCUUUGAUGCUCUGGUGGCAUAUUUAGAUGUGCGCGGGGUCAGGGAAUCCAACUUGUAUUCGAUGUUGCAAAAGAUUGAAGCGUCUUUCAAAGAAACUGUUAGGAGAAACUUGUUGCGUACCACCACUGGUGGGAAAAUUUGUGAUCCUAUCAAGAGAGAAGUUGUUACUGAACUAACUCCUAAGCCUGAAUGUGGAGCCAGUGUUGAUGUUCCAAGGGAUGUCUGUGUUUCUAAUCCUGAUAUGCCAGAACCCUCAUCGUCUUUUGCCAUUGGGCUUGGAAAGAAUGAAACAGAGGAAAGAGAUGCCUUGAGCAGAUAUCAAGAUUUUGAGAAGUGGAUGUGGGAAGAAUGUAAUUCUUCCAUAUUAUGUGCCAUUAAGUAUGGAAAGCAAAGAUGCAAGCAACUGUUGGACAUUUGUGACUACUGCCGUUAUUUGUAUUUUUUUGAGGACAACCACUGUCCUUCUUGCCAUAGGAACUUUGGCACUUAUGUUACUUGCUUACAUUUUUCUGAACAUGUGGCUCAAUGUGAUGAGAAAUUGAAAGGGGACUCUGAUUGGACUUUGCACGGUCUGGAUUCAUCCCCUCCCUUGAGGAUCAGAUUGCUCAAAGCACAAUUAGCAUUGAUAGAGGUUUCUGUUCCAGUGGAAGCACUUCAACCUACUUGGUCAGAGGACUGUCGAAAAUCUUGGGGUAUGAAACUGCAUACCUCAUCAUCAGCUGAAGACCUUCUUCAGAUUCUGACAUUGUUGGAGGGUGCCACAAAGAGGGACUUCCUGUCCUCGAACUUCGAGACCACUAAUGAAUUGUUGGGUUCCAGUAAUCGAUCAGAAUUUGCUGCUAACAGUUCUCCUUGUCCUGAAAUGGUUUCUGUGCUUCAAUGGGUUCCUCGAACAACAUCUGCUGUGGCUUUGAGGCUCAUGGAACUUGAUUCAUCUAUUUCUUAUUUGCCGCAUCAGCAACUUGAUUCUCAAAAAGACAAAGGAUCAGUGGAUUUCACGACUGUUCCAUCAAGAUAUGCUGUUAUGAAGAACUUUGCAGAGGAGGACCUGGUAGAAACUCCACUUAAAACUGAAGGUCUGCAACAUGAGCAUUGGGCUAAUCCAGGGAGUGGACAUACCAGUUCGGGACGAGGACGAGGAGGGCGUGGUCGAGGCCGUGGCCGUACUCGUGGUGGCAGAUCUCAGAGAAGAGUCACUGGUUCUAGAUCUGAAGCUGGCCAGAUAAGCACCACAACGAACAGCGAGAGAUUCGGACAAUUACUGGGAUGGAAAGGGCGAACACGUGGAAGAGGAGGGCGUAGGCGGGGUCGCCGUACCAUUAGAAGUAGACAAAAUCCAGUGAAAAGAGUGGCAGAGAUUGCUGAUCAGAGACGUGUACCCAGAGGGUUCAUGUUUGAAAAAACCCCAAGAAAUUCAGGUGGGGAGUGGGCGGAAGAAACCCCAGGGAUGCCAGUUGAAGCCACUGAAGAUGCUAGCAGCUCUGGAAGAUCGGAGUAUGAUGAUGACAACGGCCAGGCAAUGAGGGAAGAGUAUGACGACGAUCUAAUGGACUAUUCUGGUGUCUUCAGUGGCAAGUCGGAGCAUUUGCUGGAGGGUGUUGAUUAUAACCUAGACGGUGAAGAUGAUGAAGAUCGUAUGGAAGAGGGAGACAACGAUGUGGAUGAUGAGGAUGAGGAGGAUGAUGACGACGAAGGAGAUGACAGUGAAGACGAUGAACAGGUAGAUAUAGACGUUGAAGGAUAUAUAAACGGUGACUCGGAUGAAGAAGGUAGCAGGGGCAUCGGUGGGGAGCAAAUAGGGAACCCCGAUGAGGACACAGGAUCUACAUCCUCAGAUUACAGUGAGUGAGUAACAAACGUCACGUUAUUAAGCUUGAAUUAUUUUUGUUUAGAAGCUUUGGCACUGCCUAUGUGAAUUUUAACUUCCUGUAUAUUUAUAGAGGGAUUGGUAGUUAACUGUACUAAGGAUGUGUUUGAAUGAGCAAUGUUGUAGGUUACUGUACUUGUAAGUCAUCAUAAUUGUAAUUAUACCAUGCCCAUAUGGCUCGUGCAACUAUAAAUAGAUGCUAAUGGUUUAGUUUA